GAGUGAGAUCAUUUCAUCCAAACCUAGGUAUUUUCAUGGAUUCUAAACACUGGGAAGGCCCAGGUGGCCCACCUCAUACAUUGCUGGAUUUUGAUCUUGACUACUUCUGGAAGUGGACAGACUUCCUGAGCUAUGUUGAGUUCAUGGCCACCUUCACGGUGGUUGUAGGGAUGCUCACGUACGUCUUGCUGGAUUUUACUAUCUACAUCGAGACCAUCGGGUUUCUGGCUGUAUUUGCUGAGGCCAUGCUAGGGGCUCCGCAGUUCUACCGCAACUACCAGAAUAAAUCAACAGUAGGCAUGAGCAAGAAGAUGGUGGGUUUCUGGACAAUGGGAGACAUCUUUAAAACUAUCUAUUUCAUCUUGAGGUCAUCCCCAGCCCAGUUCUGGAUCUGUGGGAUGCUUCAGGUGUCAAUUGACAUGUCCAUCUUCGUCCAAGUGUAUAUGUACCGCCAUCAUCCUCCAGGCAAGGUCAUCAAGGCUGCCAGAAGCUGACCUUGACUCUAAGGUCACAUGAUUAUACUUGAACUGUUCAAGGAUCACCACUCAAACAGGCAGAAAGAAAUGAUAAUGAAGAGAUUUGAUCAAUCUUGACCACUGCAGUUCUUUUGCUGUAUUUUAAUACCUUACUGCAUGAAGAUCUACGGACACCUGCGUCAGAAGUUGCUUCAGGUGAACUUCUUAUAAGCAGGUCCGCUAAAUCUGGGCACAAGUGAGCUAAGUAUUUAGGCUGAUACAUCCAAUUUCUGAUCUCAAAAACCGAACAUAAUCAGAGAGUUCCAAAUGUACAAAAGUAAAACCGUGCCAUCAUUUUAUUGUGUAGAUUUUGUGCAAUUCAUUGUUUCUGAGCACUAUAGCACUUCCGCACAAAAGGGUAUAAUGUCAAGGUUAUAUUUGUAUUUCUGUAGUAAUUUUCUUUUGCCAGAUUGAAAUUCCUGUAUUGAUGUUGUAAGUUAAUGAUGCCAAAUCAUUUUAGAAAGCUGCCACCUGAUUGGCUGAAAAGGCCACGCAUCAUUCAUCAGAUUUGGCAGUCAAAGGUUUAUGUAGUUGCCCUGAGAUCUUAAUGCAGACCGUAUGAGAGUAAGCAUGUGAUAUCAAUGAUAUCGGGUAUGGUGCACUGUCUGAGAUCUUGAUGCAGACAGUAUAAGAGAUGUGAUAUCAAUGAUAUCGGGUAUGGUGCACUGUCUGAGAUCUUGAUGCAGACAGUAUAAGACAUAGCAUCUGAUAUCAAUGAUAUCAGGGUAUGGUGCACUGUCUGAGACCUUGAUGCAGACAAUGUAUCAG